AUGUUCACUCCUCUAGGCUUGUUCGGGGAUAUCCCAUGCCCUCAAGGGCAAAGCUGCUCUCUGCUUACUUGUAUCUUUUCUCACAAGAACGUUGAUCAUGUGGUUGAGAGCGUGACUUCUCAGACUCCACGUAUAGUUUCAAAUGAGUCGCCCACACCAAGCUUGCCUCCCCCAAAGAGAAUCAAGCUAGACAAGCCUACUGAAGACAACUCCAGCAGACCCCAAUUAUUCCAAGUCUCUCCAGAGGUUAAAGGCCCAAAUUUCACGGGCGGUGCGACCAAUCAACCAAAAAAAUCAAAUCAGAGUACCCAGAAACUCCAGUCAACGGUCAGAGCUGUAUCUCCUCCCCCAAAACGGGCACAGGUGGCUCCAGGAAAGCCAACAAGCAACUCCACUCCAGUCUCUGGGGGAUUAGAGACUCGCCUACCGCCAAGAAAUGCGCGAAAGGAAUCAUUGAACCCUCGCCUGCUUACGAAGGCACCUGCUUCCCAUACAGUUCGCUUCUCUAUCCUGUCCAAGUUACAUACAGCUAUAUCAACGCUGAAUGAUAAAUUGGCAAGAAAGAAAGAAAGCGUGGAGAAACAUCUAAUUCUGGCCCCCAAUGAGCUCAUAACGAUGGCACUUGACGAAGAGGAAAAGGUGGCAAAAGCGGAUCCGAACAUUUACUCCAAUGUCAUAAAGCUUCGGAUUGUGAAGCUCACAAAAAUGACCCUGGAAGAUUGGGCGAAAGAAGUAAAGGAUUACCUGAAUACACGAUAUUACAACGGCCAACUCGAUCAAAAACAGCAGCAGCAGGUAGCAGCUGAGCCGAAAGUGUUCUCUACGGGUCUCACUGUUACAGAAGAGAUCGCAAUAUCCGCAAAAUUGGUGACCCCUCUCAAGGGCUUAGAGCAGCACGGUUAUGUAACCAAGCCGCCGACACAUGAGGAGAUCGAGCAGGCCAAACGAGGUGUUACGGAAUCCAAGGGCUGGGAGAAGUGCGACCGAUGUGGAGGUAGAUUCCAGGUAUUUCCAGGCCGCCGAGAAGAUGGUACAUUAACAAGUGGUGGGGAAUGCACAUAUCACCCUGCUCGACCCAUCUAUCCGCCAAAGAAACAGACAGAUCACAUCACUGGUUCGAGAGAGCCAUUUUAUCCAUGCUGCAACGAGACCGUGGGAGUUUCUGCCGGCUGUACCAAAGCUAAAACCCAUGUCUUCAAGGUUUCGGAGCACAAACGGCUUGCCUCGAUUCUGCAGUUCGAAGAAACACCGACCAAUCCGGAUGACAGUCCCAAGCAGCCCGUGUGCUUUGAUUGCGAGAUGGGUUACACAACACUGGGGCUGGAGUUGAUCCGACUCACUGCUGUCACUUGGCCUGAAGGCAAGGAGUUGCUUGAUGUUCUUGUUAGGCCGAUGGGUGAAGUGUUGGACCUGAACUCUCGCUUCUCUGGCGUAUUUCCCGAACACUUCGCCAACGGUGUACCUUACGACGAUUCAAACCCACCAGCACCGGUAUCACCACCAUCUAAUGGGGAGGAGGACUCGGGGAAAGAAGAAGAAAUGCCAUUACGGAUCGUGGAUUCGCCUGCGGCCGCUCGUAAGCUGCUCUUCCAGUGUCUCCAGCCUGAAACUCCUCUCAUCGGUCAUGCGAUUGAUAAUGACCUUAACGUGUGUCGUAUCAUCCAUCCAACAAUAAUCGAUACCGUCCUACUGUACCCUCAUCCGAGGGGUCUACCAAUUCGCAUGAGCCUGAAGGCGCUAUGCAGAAAGCACCUCGAACGAGAAAUCCAAACAAGAGGCGCUCGCGGUCACGACUCGAAAGAAGAUGCUGUUGCGACGGGUGACCUCGUCAGAGCGAAAGCCUCAGAACGCUGGAAGAUACUGAAAAACAAAGGAUGGCGUAUCCAUGGAGACAAGCUUAUCCCUCCACCUGGGACGGAUUCAUCAGAUGCAGAAUUCGGACUUGGGCCUGGCGCUGGACAGAAGAGGAAAGAUGCAGCUAUAUCAAAGGACUGA